GCACACGAGCGAAGCCGCUCGCUUACUGUGCACUCGAACUAGAUCUCUAACUCCAACCGGGAACGUCAUGGGUGUGGAGAAAGAGAAGUCGGAUACGAGUAUUAUCAUGGAUGAGGAUGAAUUCAACAGGUCCAUCGAACCCAUCCUGUCACGGAAGGGGCAUGUAUUCGCAUCCCCAGAUGAAGACCGAGACCCUGAAGAAGUCAACGCGCACCUCAAGGUGGGCUUCAGUGACGUCAUCGCCGAGCCGCAGUCAGCUCGGACUUUUGACCGGGUGUGGAUAUGCAGCCAUGCCACAUUUGAGGUGGUCAAGUUGGGCCUGUACCGGCUUCUCGGGGUACUGUUGGCCGUGCCCCUCGCAUUCCUCCUUGGAAUUGUCUUCGCUGUACUCAGCCUGGUGCACAUCUGGCUGGUGAUCCCGAGCAUCCGGAGCUUCUUGGUAGUGCUACCAUCCCUGCAGGUGGUUUGGAGGAGUCUCACGGACACAUUGGUUAUGCCGCUCUUCCACAGCCUGGGCAGGAGCUUCACCUCCGUCCGUAUCCAACACAUGGACCAUUGAGGAUGUGUACGAGGUGGAGUCUCCGUUGCCAAAAUGGUUCUCCAAUCACGGUCCACCUACAUACUGUCCCAUACUGAGUUACUCUAGAAGCAAAAUUGCCCAAGUUAUAUUUGGAUGUUUUUGGAGACACACACAAAAAGAUAACACUUUAUAGUGUUUACACUGAUACCUUUUCUUAACUUUAAGCCAAUUAAAAGUUAUGAUAUGCCUGUGACAUCAAUUUGACAUUCCUGAUUUAAUAAACUCCCUUUUUUUUGGG